AUGCCUUGUACAAGCACCAAAUCCGCUCCUCAAACUGCUGGACGUGUACUAGCUCUGCCUCUUUGCUCUUUUCUAAUCAUCGCGGCAGCGUCGCAAAUUUGUUGCCUUCCAUUCCACCCACCUCGCGACCCCCCCUACAUGAUGCAGUUCACCCAUGCUGCAGUGACUGCACCGCCUCUCUACCCUAAUGGACACCACGGGCUAGGGCUAGGGCUCUUUCUUGACGUCGGCGCGCCGAGGGCACGCCCGUGGCCGGCUGCUGGGAGCUUGUUCCCGACGCUGCCGCCCUCCUCAAAGAUCUCCCUGGGGAACCUCAACAGCGCCGGCUGCAUGGAGCAGCUUCUAGUGCACUGCGCCAACGCCAUCGAGGCCAACGACGCCACGCUCACGCAGCAGAUUCUGUGGGUGCUCAACAACAUCGCCCCCGCCGACGGGGACUCCAACCAGCGGCUCACGGCGGCGUUCCUCUGCGCGCUCGUCGCGCGCGCUUCCAGGACGGGGGCGUGCAAGGCGGUGACCGCGGCCGUGGCCGCCGCGGUCGAGUCGGCCGCGCUCCACGUGCACCGCUUCACGGCCGUCGAGCUCGCCAGCUUCGUCGACCUCACGCCGUGGCACCGGUUCGGCUACAUGGCCGCCAACCACGCCAUCCUUGAGGCCGUGGAGGGCUUCUCCGUCGUUCACGUCGUCGACCUCAGCACGACGCACUGCAUGCAGAUCCCGACCCUCAUCGACAUGCUCGCCAGCCGGGCCGAGGGCCCCCCGAUACUCCGGCUCACCGUCGCCGAUGUCGGGUGCAGCGGGCCACCGCCGGCGCUCGACAUGUCCUACGACGAGCUAGGCGCGAAGCUUGUCAACUUCGCGCGAUCCCGCAACGUGACAAUGGACUUCCGGAUGGUGCCCACCUCGCCGGCCGACGCCUUCACUUCCUUAGUCGACCAGCUCCGGGUGCAGCAGCUGGUCUCGGACGGCACCGAGGCGCUCAUCCUCAACUGCCACAUGCUGCUGCACACCGUGCCGGACGAGACGGCCGGGUCGGUGAGCCUUACUCAGUCGGUCUCGCUCCGGACCAUGCUCCUCAAGUCCAUCCGAACCCUCGACCCAACGCUGGUCGUGGUGGCCGAGGAGGAUGCCGACUUCACGGCGGGGGACGUGGUGGGGAGGCUCCGGGCGGCGUUCAACUUCCUGUGGAUCCCGUACGACGCCGUGGACACCUUCCUGCCCAAGGGGAGCGAGCAGCGGCGGUGGUACGAGGCGGAGGUCGGGUGGAAGGUGGAGAACGUGCUGGCGCAGGAAGGGGUGGACAGGGUGGAGCGGCAGGAGGACCGGGCGAGGUGGGGGCAAAGGAUGCGCGGCGCGGGGUUCCGGGCGGUGGCUUUCGGCGAGGAGGCGGCCGGGGAGAUAAGGACAAUGUUGAACGAGCACGCGGCCGGGUGGGGGAUGAAGCGGGAGGACGACGACCUCAUGCUCACAUGGAAGGGGCACAACGUUGUUUUCGCCUCGGCGUGGGCACCGUCGUGA